UGUCGCGCCUGCAUCCUCCUGUCUCUGACUGUUUUUUUUUUCUACACAUGCAACUCGGAGUUUAACAGCUGAGAACAUAAGAAAAAGAAAAGAAACAGAGAAAAGUUGCCGCUCUACGAGGCGACCCACAACAAUGACCCCGUCCUGACUAAAUUUGAAUGGAUUAAGCCAAUCUAUUCCGAGCUCUAAUGAGAUUAGAGAGUCAGCGCCGACGUGGGUCGCGGCGGCGUGGCACCUUUCGUUGAGCUCCUCGGGGAACAUUUGCCCCCGUCAAGCCAGCAGACCUGCCGGCGUGGAAAUGGCGCUUCUGAUGCCGCGGACGGGAGCGGAAAAUAAUAGACGUUUGAAUGCACGCUCACCUGUGCUGCUUUUGUGGCGCACGGAUUCCUAGAAGUAAGGGAAGAGUUAGCGGCGGCGGCGGCGGUGUGAGUAGUUGUGCAAAACGGAGGGGAAAUGAAGUACCAGAAAUAUAUAACAGUGAUGCAGAUGGCCAUGGGAGUGACAGCUUCAAACAAAGACUGCCUCCCCACUAAGAGACAGCUGUGGGUCACCCCACAAGAAGGAGAUGCAUCCCCCUCAGAUGCUUCCGGGUCUUCUAGUGGACCAGUAGGUGCUACCGCUGGCGCCGGUGCUAUAUCUUUGCCUGCCACCUCAACCCUCUCGUUGCCUCUGAGCCAAGCUAAACCUUCUCUGCGUCGCAUCAAGGGUCGCAUCCAUCGCAGCAAGAGUCUGGACAGCAUGGACCUGCUUGACUCUAACAGUGCAGCAAUGGAAGAAACAAUAAUAUGGGAACAGCACACAGUGACUCUUCACAGGGCACCUGGAUUUGGGUUUGGGAUUGCCAUCUCCGGUGGACGAGACAACCCUCACUUCCAGAGUGGAGAGACGUCCAUUGUUAUAUCCGAUGUGUUGAAAGGAGGACCUGCAGAGGGUCUGCUACAAGAAAACGAUCGAGUCGUGAUGGUCAACGGCGUCUCCAUGGAUAACGUAGAACAUGCAUAUGCUGUUCAGCAGCUGCGCAAGAGUGGCAAAAACGCAAAGAUUACUAUUCGUCGGAAAAGAAAAGUACAAAUCCCAGUUUCCAAGCCCGGCGAUAGGGAGACGAUGUCCGAGCACGAGGAAGAGUACAGCGAUGAGGACGACGGUUACGAUCGCCAAGGUCAAGGCGAUCGUAACCGCCAAAGUGCCUUCGGGGGCACAAGCGGAGGCGCUGGCAGGCGUCACGACAGGGAGCGGAGCAACAGCGGGAGGCGGGAUCACAGUAACUCACGGGAGAGAAGCAUCUCACCACGAUCUGAUCACCGAUCACAUUCCUCAUCUGCUCCUGCUAAGCCCUCCAAGGUCACCCUAGUCAAGUCUCGCAAAAAUGAAGAAUAUGGCCUACGGCUGGCCAGCCACAUCUUCGUGAAAGACAUUUCUCCAGAGAGCCUGGCUGCCAGAGAUGGAAACAUCCGGGAGGGAGAUGUUGUGCUAAAGAUCAAUGGCACCGUUACAGAGAACCUCUCGCUGAUAGAUGCCAAGAAACUGAUUGAGAGGUCAAAGGGCAAGCUGAAGAUGGUGGUGCAGAGAGAUGAAAGAGCCACGCUGCUCAACAUUCCCGACCUUGACGAUAGCAUCCCGUCAGCCAAUAACUCAGACAGAGAUGACAUUUCAGAGAUCCAUUCGCUGACAUCUGACCAUUCCAACCGAUCCCAUGGGAUAGGCCAAUCACACUCACCUGACAGGCCGGAGACCGCAGACCUCCCCCGUCAAUCCCCUCGGCAGAUAAGCAACGGCAGCUAUCGAAGUCGAGAGGAGGACCGCAUCUCCAAACCAGGAGGCAUGUCCACUCCGGUCAAAAUCUUUGAUGACGGUGUUUUGUCUCAGGCCAGCGACCAGGCCAGCUCCAUCAAUGACAAACAGUUACCUCCGCUGCCUGAACCAAAGCCAGUUUAUGCACAGCCUGGUCAGCCAGAUGUAGACCUGCCUGUCAGCCCCUCUGAUGCACCGGUGCCCAGCGCCGCUCACGACGAAAGCAUCCUCAGGCCAAGUAUGAAGUUGGUCAAAUUCAAGAAGGGAGAGAGUGUUGGGCUGCGGUUAGCAGGGGGGAACGACGUGGGAAUAUUUGUGGCAGGAGUUUUAGAGGAUAGUCCAGCUGCCAAGGAGGGGUUGGAGGAGGGGGACCAGAUUCUCAGGGUCAACAAUGUGGACUUUGCCAACAUCAUCCGAGAAGAGGCAGUUUUGUUUCUGCUGGAUCUCCCAAGAGGAGACAUGGUUACCAUUCUGGCACAGAAGAAAAAAGAUGUGUAUAGGAAGAUUGUGGAGUCGGACGUCGGUGACUCCUUCUACAUUCGGACACAUUUCGAGUAUGAAAAGGAAUCUCCGUACGGCUUGAGCUUUAACAAGGGUGAGGUUUUCCGUGUGGUAGAUACGCUCUACAAUGGCAAGUUGGGUUCCUGGCUCGCUAUCCGCAUUGGGAAGAAUCACCAAGAAGUGGAAAGAGGCAUCAUUCCCAACAAGAACAGAGCGGAGCAGCUAUCUAGUGUGCAGUACACCCUUCCUAAAACUCCAGGGGGCGACAGAGCAGACUUCUGGAGGUUCAGAGGGUUGCGAAGUUCUAAGAGGAAUUUGCGGAAAAGCCGGGAGGACCUGUCGGCUCAGCCGGUUCAGACCAAGUUCCCAGCCUACGAGAGGGUUGUGCUGAGGGAAGCUGGAUUCCUGAGGCCAGUGGUUAUCUUUGGGCCAAUUGCAGAUGUGGCCAGAGAGAAACUGGCCAGGGAGGAGCCGGACAUUUUUGAGCUAGCAAAAACACAGCAACAACAAGGAGGGGAAAGGAGCGAACCGAGGGACGCAGGAACCAACCAGAAAAGCUCGGGCAUCAUUCGCCUGCAUACCAUCAAGCAAAUCAUUGAUAAAGACAAGCAUGCGGUUCUGGACAUCACCCCCAACGCUGUGGACCGUCUGAACUACGCUCAGUGGUAUCCCAUCGUUGUGUUUCUAAACCCAGACACCAAACAGGGGGUCAAGAACAUGAGGACACGGCUCUGCCCCGAUUCCAGAAAGAGUGCUAGAAAGCUUUUUGAUCGAGCUCUCAAGUUACGGAAGAACAACCACCACCUCUUCACCACAACCAUUAACCUGAACAGCAUGAAUGACGGUUGGUUUGGAGCCCUGAAAGAAAUAAUCCAGCAGCAGCAGAACCAGUUGGUGUGGGUGUCAGAAGGAAAGGCUGAUGGGGCAACCGAUGACGACCUAGACCUCCAUGACGACCGCCUCUCCUACCUGUCGGCACCGGGCAGUGAGUAUUCCAUGUACAGCACCGACAGCCGGCACACCUCUGACUACGAGGACACGGACACGGAGGGCGGGGCCUACACCGACCAGGAGUUGGACGAGACGCUGAACGACGACGUGGGUCUGCCCGCCGAGCCGGCCAUCACACGCUCUUCGGAGCCCGUACGUGAGGAGCCGCCAGUCAUCCAGGAGCCCCCCGGCUACGUGGCCUACUCUCACUCGGCGCAGCCGGACCCGCUGAACCGCAUCGAUCCGGCUGGGUUCAAAGCCCCAGUGCCGCAGCAGAAAGCAGAGGCCACGCCUAGCAUCUCCAGGCAGCCUGAGCCCCUGGCUGAGGCAGUGCCCCCUGCUGCCGACGUUACUGUAAAAACUGUAGGGGCUCUGAGCCUUGAUGAGGUUCCUGCAGCUCCUUACAGCAAGCCGAGCCCCAGCCAAGAGGCUGGCUCGCUUAGGAGGCCCACCCCUGAGCUAGCACCUCAGAGCGUCACCCCAGAGCCUCUACGGUCCGGACUGGCUGGUCCAGAACCAAAGAUGUUUCAGAAGGAUCCUUACGGCAUGGAAAACACAGGGAGAAUCACUAACAGCAUGAAGGCUGUCAAUUACAACCCUCCGCAGCCGUACCACCCCGACCAGCAGUCGUACCGGGAUUACGACCACCCGCCGAAUCGCUAUGACGUCAGCAGCGGGGCCGGGUCUUACCCGGAGUCGCAGUACAGAAGCAACGACCACAUCCCGCUCUAUGAGAACAGCGUGCCUCAGUACGACCAGCAGCAGUGGAAUCCCUACGGCCAGCCGCCCUCUGCUUCCAACUCCCAGGGUUACGAUCUCCGGCUGCGUUACAGUGAUGGCUCCGAUGCGCAGUACACCCCACCUCUACGCUACGACGAACCCCCACCACAGCAGGGAUUCGAUGUGCGACCUCGCUACGGCAAACCUACAGGUCCGGGCCCGGUUCAUUACGACGACCUCCCGCCGCCUCCUCAAGGAUCUGACCUCGGCUACAACCAGGAUUCCCACCUGGGGUAUCCCUCAGCCAGCCGAUCCCCAGAACUAGCCCCUCAACGACCCGCCUAUAACCAAGGACCCAGCUUGCAGCCGAAAGGCUACAAACCUCAGCACUACGACCCGACUCCAGCAAACUCUGUAGCCAGCCUUACUCCUCCUCCUAAAGCCGAGACAGACUCGCCUUCCCCUGUGGAAGUUGCUCAACUCGCACCUUCCAGAGACGAGCCGCAGGAGGAAGACCCUGCCAUGCGACCCCAGUCGGUCCUCACCAGGGUCAAGAUGUUUGAGAACAAACGGUCUGUGUCUGUGGACCGCGCCAGAGAUGCAGGGGAAUCCACUGGAAACAGGGCAGCUGAUUUACCCCUGAAAGCAGGUGGUGUGAUCCCUAAAGCAAAUUCUCUGAGCAACCUGGAUCAAGAGAAGAACUUUAGAGCUCCAGAGCCCCAGAGACUGCAGUCCAAGGCAGUCGAUGACAUUGUCCGCUCUAACCAUUACGAUCCUGAUGAGGACGAGGAUUACUACAGGAAGCAGCUGUCCUACUUUGACAGACUUCAGACCGGCCCUAACAAAUCCCAGCCACAAGCACAAACAACUCACAGCUUCCCCAGGACUGAGUCCGUAGACAAACCGAGUCCACUGGAGAAAAAGUAUGAACCGGUUCCUCAGGUUACCCCCUCUCUGCCACCAGCCACACUGCCUAAACCGUCAGCUGAAGUCAAGCCUCCAGCCCGAGAAAACACUGUCCAGAGCAACUUCCUGCCUCAGAAGAGUUUCCCCGAAAAGUCUCCAGUUAACGGCACAAGCGAGCAGCCUCCAAAGACGACGGGGGCGCCGUCUAGCUUUAACCGCUUCGUUCCCAAGCCCUUCACCACCUCAGCCAAACCUUUCGCGCGGAUGUUCGACAGUCCGAAAUUCAACCACAAUCUUCUGUCCAACGAUAAACCUGAGAUUGCACCAAAGGGUCCAACCUCCACUGCAGUAAAGCCUCAGAUCCCCCCGCAGCCUCAGAACGCGGACCACGACAGCGGCGUGGACACCUUCACACGCACUGUGGAUAACCGCCCCAAACACCAGCAGAAUAACGUCAACGCCGUUCCCAAGGCCAUCCCUGUGAGCCCGAGCGCCCUCGAAGACGACGAGGAUGAAGACGAGGGUCACACUGUGGUCGCCACCGCUCGCGGCAUCUUCAACAGUAACGGCGGCGUCCUGAGCUCCAUCGAAACAGGUGUCAGCAUAAUUAUCCCGCAGGGUGCCAUCCCCGACGGAGUGGAGCAGGAGAUCUACUUCAAGGUCUGCCGAGACAACAGCAUCCUGCCGCCGCUCGACAAGGAGAAAGGAGAGACUUUGCUCAGCCCUCUGGUGAUGUGUGGACCUCACGGCCUCAAGUUCUUGAAGCCUGUGGAGCUGCGCUUACCUCACUGUGCGUCAAUGACCCCUGAUGGUUGGUCUUUUGCUCUAAAAUCCUCCGACUCCUCGUCGGGUGACCCUAAAAGCUGGCAGAACAAGUCUCUCCCCGGAGACCCCAACUACCUAGUGGGAGCCAACUGCGUUUCUGUGCUCAUUGACCACUUUUAAGAAGGGACGAAUGGAAUGCUGAAUGUGGGAAAAGUGAAGGCAACGGACUCGAAUUAGAAGACACACACACUGCACACGCACUACCGCUGCAGUCCGAGCGUACAAACACAGCACACAGCGGAGUAUGAAGGAGAGCCGGUCAGUUCUGUUUACUGCACCCAGAUGAAGGCAAGACUGAAAAUCUGUCCUCAGUUUGAAGUUUGGAUGUGAAGUAAAACCCUCUGAUGCAUCUCUUAAAAUACCAACACUAAAUAUAAAGUGGAGUUUAUUCAUGUAUCUGGAUGGAUGGCUUUCAAAGCAGCAUACAUGCUUCAGAACAUUAUCUGUAUAUCUAUGCUAUAUAUGCAUAUAGUAUGUGUAGAAGUAUCAAAAGGAGUUGUUGGAAAUUUUGGAGUUUAUUUCCAAAUUUAGAUUUCAGUUCAGGGGACAGAAUAUGAAGACUUAGACAGGUUGAGGUAACUUUAUUGAAAGUUUGAGAUAUGUAGGGACGUUUGUAGGAAUCCAUUGAAGGAAACGAUGAUAAACCGAAGCAGCACACUUAAAGACACCUUCACUCCUUCCUUUGUUCUUCCUUUUCCUGUUAUAUCCUGUAGCUUCCUGCCUUUUGCCCCCACCUCCCUGAGCACUUGGUCUUCUCCUUCCAGCCUGAGGGAGAUCUAUGCAUGUCCUUUACUCAGGUUUUGUAACUGUCCUCAGUUCCUACCUGACAUUUCUUUCCUCUUCCUUCCUGGUUACUCUUGCACUCAUACACACAAAUAAGCAGUGAUGCCUUAUCUGCAGAUUAUUCACUUUUCAUAAAGAGAAAACAUAACUUAUGAUAAAUUAUGGUAUAAUGUCAGUUGUUUUUGCCAUUCUUUUGUGAACCCACUGUAUAAAUAAACUUGGGUUUAGCACACAAUAACAGUUGGCAAAAGAUAACAAAGGUAAGCUCUUCUUUUAUCUGCUAUGCAUUACUGAAAAGGACAGAUAAGAAGUGGCUGUAAAUAAAGCUAGCGUAUUGCCUUGUUUCUUUUCUUUGUAAAUGAACUUUUUGUAUGUCUUUCUUUUUUUUGUAUAAAACUUAGAGAAAACAUAUUAAAAAGCAGAAGAAAGUGAACAAGUUUUCUUUUUAUUCUGGAUAUACCCUUAAGCCUUUGAACUGUAACCAACAAUAAUACAUUGAACCUUUUUCUACCAAUAUAUUGACACAAUGUUGUGGACACAGAAAAAGUACUUUUUACUGAUUGGAGGAUCUCAUAAGUACUUGAACUAAAAGACAUUAAAAUGUGCUCUGAUGGUGUCCCCCCCUCACUGAUUUGUGAUACUGGAUGCUAUAUUGUGUGCCCUUAAAUGUAUUUUUGUACUAAUAGACAAUAUAAUAUGUACGGCACACCAAUACAGUUUUAUUUUUAGUAUAACACAGCUUUAACUAAAUAUUAGCUCUUCACGUGUGGCUGACUUUUUUUUUCUUCUCCUCUUCGACACACUUUUAUCACUGUAUUAAUAAAUAAAAUCAUUUUUAAAA